AUGAUAUAUGCAUUGAGCAUAGUUGUCGAUAGAUUAAUGUUCUCGGGCAAAAGUGAGGAGAAUAGCAAAAUGAAGAAAAUCAUCAAAGCAAGGGAUAUCAAGAAACAAUAGGCAGAUAAACUAUUGAAGAAAAUUGAUAAAGUCACAAAAUGA